CGACCCGAUUAUAUAUUAUUCACAUUAUAUAUAUAUAUAUAUAUAUAUAUAUAUAUAUAUAUAUAUCACUUCAAAAGAAACGUUUCAGAUGACAAGGGAUUCCAACUAUAAUGAUCAUGCAAUCAUGGACCCACUUAAAAAAUAAAGUUAUUGAACAACACUAUACUAUCAUAUGUGUUUUAUUAGUGGCAGAAUCUAAUAUGUGUAUGGUUGUAGUGAUUGAAUAAAAGAUACCCACCCACUCAAACCAAAUUAGGUCAUCCUGAAUUAAAGUAGUUCCCUUUUCUUUCUUCUUCCUUUUAAUCUUAUUUUCUUGUCUUUGCCCUGUCCUUUCAAUUCCUCAUCAUCAUGAUCUCCUUUACUUCUUCAUGUGUUUAUACGGUUAGAUCGGGCAGUCAUCCACGAUCGUUCGAUGCACAUGGUAGUUGUCAUUAACAAAUGCGUUACUGUAUUCUUUCAAUGAUUAACUGUCGCCGGAUACAUGGUCCAACGGUUUAACGAUGUACUUAUGCCAAAGACUAUAUAAAACAUGUGAACAUAAUCAUGGCAAUUGACCCCAUCUCCUCCUCUUCUUAUAUCCAAGUAUUGAUAACAAUCCUCAUAUUUCCAUUCACUCCCGAAACUACGAAAUCGAGUGAAUCAUUCCGGGUAAUAUAUUAUUUAGGAUAAAAGAGGAAAAGGAAAGAUUUUUCCACUCUAAAUUCAAGAUAAUUUAAUUAAUUAUUAAGAUCCUCUCUUUAAUUCCAAUUAUCUAAAAGCAUCUUGUUUGAGUUAGGGCACACACUUGCUCCACACCAGCCUUUUCCUCUGCCACUUUAUUGCAUAUAUUUUCUCCUCUUUCUUUUUUCUUCAAAAUGCAAUUAUUUCUCUUGUUUUUGUUUUAAUGGGUGAGCAAGCUUUACAGGUAGAAGAAGAAAAAGCGUGAUUAUGAGGUUGAUGGCAAGUAAGUUGGCUAGAUGAUGAUAAUUUAUCAGUUAAGUCUGUUUGAGAAUUGAGACAAGUACCCAGAAUAUUCCUGCUCUCUCUGUUGGUACUCCUAACUCCUCAAAGUAUCCGAAAGGUCCAGCAUCCUGCCCUCGACCUCCCCAGACCUUUAAACUAUUGCAGCCAUCCAUGGUAGAAUGACCAUGGAUUAUGAAAUCUUAUUGGAUUUAUUCAUCCUGACUCGUGACUGCCGUGUAAUACCCGAUUCGUAGUAGUGUGGAGCAAGAUAUAUGUAUCUACUUUCGACUCAUUCUAUUCCGCAUCGUUCUUGGGCCGUUCUAUUUCAAUUUCUUACAAUAUCUAUUUAUAUUUCUAUUAUUUUGAUUUUUCUUCAAUGGUUGAUCUUUCAACUAAUUAGACUCAAUUAUCCAUUUUAUUAUCACUAUUUUUCAUUCAUAAAGUUUUUUUAACUCAUUCAUAAAGUUUUUUCCAUUCAUUUUACCGUAAAAAUUAAAAAAAAUUGCGUGUAUUUUUCUCAUAUAAUUUGUAAGAGUAGGUCGAUCCAUCUCUUCCCCUACCCAAAAGAGUAUGACCCGCCCGACCCUACAUAUAUGAGUAUUGAGCAGUGUUAUCAAAGCCGAACCGGCCGGCCCGACCAGCAAAAUCGGCACCCGGUCGCCAAACUGACUCGUCACAACUAUUUUGCCAGAAUGAUUUUUUGGGACGGUCGACUAGCGGCCGAGACAGUUAACCGCUCGGGCCGAUUUUCCCAUUCUGGUUGGUUGGUUUUUAAUUAAAAAAAAAUCGAAAACUGAAAGGAGAGGGGAAAAUGUCGGGCUGUCCAACAAUGUCUCUCGUGAAAACUGAACAGACAAGGGGAGCGCCGCUUCCGUCGCCGCUAGCCCCCAUCACUAGUUCCGUUCGCGUUCCCCGUCACCACCACCUGUCGCCACUACCCAGCGCCGCUUCUCGUCGCAAUCCCUGUCACCACUCCACGCUCGUCGAUUUGGGGAGCUCCUGUUGGCGAGCGCUAGCGCCGGCCAACCCGGCGACCUCUCCUUGGGUGAGCAUGAAUCCGUGAACAAGAUGGGGAAGGCCAAAGGAAGCAGAGGUGAAAGCAAGAGAGGGAGAAUGAAACGAGAGAGAGAAGGAGGGUGGUGUUGAGCGGCGUCUCUUGGGGUGGGGCCAGAGUUUUUUAGUUGUUAAUAUAUAUAUAUAUAUAUAUUAGCUUUUAUCCUACCCGUUGGUCGGAUGAAUUUUGUUUUAUUUUACGGUAAAUACAAUAUAUUAGCCACAACUAUUAUGAAGUGGAGAAUUAUAACCACAACUAUGGAAAUUCAAAUUAUUAGCCAAACGUUAACUAUCUGUUAACAAUUUCGUUAGUAAUACUCACUAAAUUUUAUGUUUUAAAGUUAUAAAUUAAAAGCAUUCCGACUUGACCGCUGCCGUGGCCGAUGACGUGGCAUUCUCUGUCAAAAAUUCAAUAAUAGUAACAGACAGUUAGCCAUAUCUUGACCCGCAAGAAUAGUUAUGGCUAAUAAUUUGAAUUUUCAUAGUUGUGGCUAUAAUUCCCCGCUUCAUAAUAGUUGUGGCUAAUAUAUUGUAUUUACCCUUUAUUUUAUUAUUGAUCAAUUUCUUCGUUCUUUUAAAUAAUUUGAGAUUUUCUAAAAUAUUUAAAUCAUUAUUUCAAAGUAAUCUUUAUGGUAUUUGUUGAUUAUAACAUUAGCGAUAAUUAGUUCAUGUAUAUUUUUUUAUCAAGUCGUCCUAGUAUACUGUUGUGUAUUUUUUUAUAUCUUAGAAGAAAUUUGCGAACUUUUUAUUGUCGGAUAUGAAUUUGGAUUUGGAGGAAAUAUAUAUCAUCUAGAAUUGGUAGAAAUUGAAGAUAUAUUUAAAAAAUCAAAAGAAUAACGAAAAGAUUAUGCCUAGAAAUCUCAAAUAUGUAAGAACACAAAAAAAUAAUUCUUAUUGUAUAAAUUAAGAUAAAUUAGUGUAUAGACUUGUUUGAAUAAUAAGUGGGGGUUAUUAAGUGUUUGAUAGCAACAAAAGUUAAGAAAAUUCAAACAUUAUAAUAACUUAAAUUUUACUCUACCAAUACGACCUUUGACUUUUAUGUGGAGUUAAUAACAUAAAUUAUCACUCUAUUAUCCAUUUUUCUCAAAUCUAUCCCUCUACUAUUUUUCACAUCAACACAUGUGCGCUUACUAUAUAGUAUAUACGUUUAACAAAUUAAAUUUAUUCCCAUUUUGUGGCUUAUCUUCUCCGGCUGCAACUCACAACAACUAAUAGACACAAUCAGGGGCGGACGCACGGAGGUUUAAGGGUGUCCCCGGACACCCCUAAAUUUUGGAUAAACGAUUAUUCAACCCACGGUAGUAAUUUACGUAUGGAUAAAAAAAUUAUAACUGGUAGUGAGGAACACCCCUGAAAUUUGAGAAAAUGAUUAUUCCAAUGUCAUUUUAUAAAUUUGUGUAUGGGAAUAUAAGUGAUAGGUUGGGUAAUUCAAACCUAGAGCACUAUUAUUAUUAACAAACUUAAUUUCCAUUAAACUACAACUCAUUUGUUGUUUGAAUUUGAACAUUGUAACAUAGUAAAAUGUCAUUCCCUAUUUCUAAUUAUUUUCAAAAUAUAGCAAUUAAACUAAUUUCAACCUACCCUUAAUUUGUUGUUUGAAUUUGAACAUUGUAACAUAGUAAAAUGUCAUUCCCUAUUUCUAAUUAUUUUCAAAAUAUAGCAAUUAAACUAAUUUCAACCUACCCUUAAUGUCAUUCCCUAUUUCUGAUUUUAUAGUUGUACGACAAGUGUUGAAAGAUUUUUCAGCUUUGGGUUACAUCAAGAACAAAUUUACAAAUCGAAUAUGCGAUAAGUUCGUGAAUGAUUGUCUAGUAGAGUAUAUAGAGACAAUUUUUUUUAACACUCUAGACACCAAGUGUAUUCUACAAUUAUUUCAGAAUAUGAAAACACAUAAUGGACUUUUUUAACCUGUACGAGUAAGGUAUUUUCUAAUUUACAAUUUUAUUUUUAUUAAUUAUUUUUACUAAAUUUAUUUUUUAAAA